AUGCGGCACACCGUCCUUCUCGAGCAAUUAAAGAGAUACGAUCGUCCGGGUUUCGUGUUGGGUGAUUGGUUGUGCAAGCCGUGGUCACCUCCGAAUGAGGAGCUGGAUGAGGAGGAGACUGAUGAAGAACCGGAGACAACAACGCGAUCGAGAAUCCAUCACGAUAAGCAUCGUGAGAAGAACGAGAAGAACGAAAAGAAAUCGUCUCCAAUGAUCGAUCACGACGAAUUUCAGUUCAUCACCUUGGGA